AAUGGCUGUGGAGCAGAGAAGAGGAUAAAUUAAGUCGGUCUUGUCACCGAUCUGCGGGCACGUGAAUAUCGAUCGAGUUGAGCGUAUUAACUAGCGACGAGUGCUCGGGUGAAACAGCACUGUCACCUUCCAUUCUCUUGCACGAUACUCUUCUCAAACCUCAAAGCACUCCUUACAUCUUGCUCACCAGAUACUAAUCAUACACAAUGCCUAUUCCUUCUAAAGUCCUUGGAAAGAACGGCCCGGUAGUGUCCACGAUCGGAUACGGAUGCAUGGGCAUCUCAGCAUUCUACGCUGGCAGCAACGUCGAUGCAGAUGGCGCAUUCAAGAUCCUCGACGCUGCUCUGGAUCUCGGCGUGACCUUCUUCGACACCGCCCGCAUCUACGGCGACAACGAGGACAAGAUCGGUCAAUGGCUUGCUUCCUCGCCGGAUAAGCGCAGCAAGGUCUUUUUGGCAACCAAGUUUGGAAUUCAUCCUGAGACGUUCAAGCCUGACGGGUCGCCGGAGUAUGUUGCCGAGUCGUUGGACGAAUCGUUGAGGCGCCUGCAGACAGACUAUGUUGAUCUCUUUUACCUUCACCGUGUAGACCAGAACACGCCCAUUGAGAUCACGGUGAAGGCUAUGGCCGACGCCGUCAAGGCUGGAAAGGUCAAGUACCUAGGCCUUUCUGAAUGCUCCGCAGCGACGCUCAGACGCGCGCACGCAGUCCAUCCCAUCACCGCCGUGCAGAUCGAGUACUCGCCGUUCUCGCUCGAGGCAGAGAAGAACGGUCUGAUCGAUGCCGCCAAGGAGCUCGGCGUCGCCGUCGUCGCGUACUCGCCUCUCUCGCGCGGCUUCUUAACGGGCAAGUACCGUUCUCCGGACGAUUUCCCGGAAGGUGACUUCAGACGCACGGCGCCGCGCUUCCAGGCCGAGAACUUCGCCGCGAAUCUGAAGUUGCUCGAUCAAAUGAAAGAGAUUGCGGAUAAGAAAGGGAUCUCGACCGGUCAGCUCACGUUGGCUUGGGAAAUCGCAAACGACAUUCUUCCGAUCCCGGGUACCACCAACCCCGAGCGUCUGAAGGAAAACGUCGAGAGCGCAAACGUGAAGUUGACAAGCGAGGAGAUCGCAGAGAUGAGAGCGUUUGUGGAAAACGCGGAUGUGAAAGGUGAUCGUUAUUCUGCUAGCGAGUCUGGAAUCUUGUACGCUGAUACGCCUGAACUUAAGUAAGGCGGAAUUAGAUUCUUGCUAUAGUAACAUAAAAACAAUAAUAUGAUGGCUACUUUUAUAA